CUCACCACUCCGGCCACUCCACACCCACAACGCAUUCCUCCUGUAGCCUUUUGGCCGCGGCCACGCCAUGGAACCCCUCUCCCUACACCUGCGGCUCCCGCGCGCCGGGCGCCAUUCGCUUCCCUUCGCCGCCACCGCCGCGCCAUUGAGCUCCAGGAGACCGACGGCCACCAUCCUGGCGCCAGGACGCCGGCGUCGCGGCGCCCGGCUGUCAGUGUCCGCCGUGGCGGCCGAGACGCCGCGCACCGAGGACCCGUCGCCGUCCGGGGAGGGCGCGUUCGACUGGCUGGACCAGUGGUACCCUUUCGCGCCCGUCUGCGACCUCGACCCCGGCGCGCCGCACGGCAAGACGGUGCUCGGGCUCGGCGUCGUCGCCUGGUACGACCGCGGCGGCGGCCAGUGGCGCGUGUUCGACGACGCCUGCCCGCACCGCCUCGCGCCGCUCUCCGAGGGCCGCAUCGACGGCAAGGGGCGGCUCCAGUGCGUCUACCACGGCUGGUGCUUCGACGGCGCCGGCGCCUGCAAGUUCAUCCCCCAGGCGCCGGCCCUCGGCCCCCCGGUGCACAAGAACAGCAAGGCGUGCGUGGCGUCGUACCCAACCGUGGUGCAGAACAAGAUCCUGUGGUUCUACCCGAGGGCCGAGCCCGAGCACAGGGACGUGCUGCAGAGGAAUCGGCCGCCGUACAUCAAGGAGAUCGACGACCCGUCCUUCGUCACCGCGUUCGGCAUCAGAGAUCUAUUCUACGGCUAUGAUAUCUUGGCAGAGAACCUCAUGGACCCUUCUCAUGUCCCGUAUGCCCACAAGGGGCUGAUAGGCGGGCCCCGCAACACAGAAGAUCCCGGGAGAGUUGAGCACGACAAAGAAGGCGGCGGCCCGAUCAAGCUGAAGAUAGAGGAAGCGAGCAUGGCCGGGUUCCUGUCUUCGUGGGAACGCGGCUCCUGGAGGUUCGUCGCGCCGUGCACGUUCUACAGCUCAGGGACUAGCAUGCAGGCGAAGCCGGGGAAGAAGAAGGCGCCCCGGUUCAUGCUCGUGGUCUUCUGCGUCCCGGUGGCUCCUGGCCGGAGCCGGCUGAUCUGGGCGUUCCCGAGGAACUUCGGGGUCUGGCUCGACCUGAUCAUACCACGGUGGCUCUACCACGUCGGCCAGAACCGUGUCCUGGAUUCAGACGCUUACAUCCUCCAUGUCGAGGAGCGCAAGUUUGCUGCGUCAGGCCUUGACAACUGGCACAACGAUUGCUAUGUGCCGGCAUCGUCGGACACCAUGGUCGUCGCCUUCAGGAACUGGUUCAGGAAGUACUGCAAGAAUCGGGUUGGCUGGGCAACCCCGCAGCCUGACCAGCUGCCGCCGACCCCUAACAAGGACACACUCAUGGAGCGGUACUGGUCGCACGUCGUGCAGUGCACGAGCUGCAGCGCGGCGCUGAAGGCCAUGAGGGCGCUCGAGGUCGCCUUGCAGGUCGCGUCGGUCGCCGUCGUCGGUUUCCUCGCGGUCGCCAAGGAGACGCUGGUCAUGUCGGCUGCUCAGAGAGCCGUGGUCGUGUCCGCGGCCGUGCUGUGCUUCGCCGCGUCCCGCUGGCUCUCAAAUUUCAUCGAGAACAACUUCUUCUUCCAGGAUUACUCCCAUGCUUACAAGUGACGCGCUCUGGAGGAUGAGGAGAACGCAAUUUUUCUGACCUGUAACUUAGAAAGUUAGAAUGCUGCUGCCUUGAGGGUGCUUUUUCUGGAAACGGUUCUUCUGCACUACUGCAGAGGAGGCUCGUCCGUUUUUCCGCAUGGAUCCGCCGGACCCACGCGUCAGUGACCAGGCAUCACGUUAGAGAAGCCUUGUCUACUUUUUUCCUUCAGCCACCGGAUGGUGACUUUUUCAUAGCGUUACCAUCGGCGGCCUUACCGCUCUUGUGGACACUUAACGGGCCAUAUGUUCAUUUUUGGCCUAUUUGGACCAUUUGGUUUUCGGCCUUGCUUCUCAAUGGGUUCUUUUGUUGCGACCCUAGCAA